AGGUUGUUAUGACAGGGGGUUUAUUGUAGUUAAACAAAAUUACUGAAUCACAACCGCUCAAUAGGUUUUUGACCGGGGAACCAAGAAACUUUGGUCGGCGGCGAGAGAGGUGAGACAAAACAUGAGCAGCAGGAAAGGUCCCCCAAAGCACCCAAAUCAAUUUGCCUGGAAGCCCAAGGCUGGUGUUAAAAUCAACGAAACCGAAUUAGGAGGGAAGUUCCGGCCAUAUUCAGAGGUAACCGGAGUAUGCCAGAGAUGUAAAGAACAGAUUGAAUGGAAGCGCAAGUACGGCAAAUACAAACCCCUCAUUGAGCCCGCUAAAUGUCAGAAAUGUUCCAAGCGGGCUGUUCGACAAGCUUACCAUAAUCUCUGUACUGCUUGUGCUAAGGAGAACAAAGUAUGCGCAAAGUGCUCAUGUCGGGUUGGGCAUAUAGUUGGGAGAGACCUUUCAGAAAAGGAGACUGAGCAGAAGACACUAGAGGAGGCGAUCAAGAAUGCUAGGGAGAGAGAGAGGAGUACUCUCCUACGGACGGACAUUGAUGUAACUGCUGUGCUAAUUUGUUGUGGUUAUUGUGAUUCAAUGCGAAACAGAUGAAUAAAGGGAAACCCCAUAGUUCAGUAAAAAUGCCAACUAACAAUGAUAGCAAAGCUGGUGAACUCUUCAAUGCUUCAUCACUUGAGGAAUAUUCGGAGUUUAGCCGGGAUGAGGAUCAUGAUAAUGAUGAUGAUGAGGAUGGGGGUUUAAUCUUCAGUUGAGGUUUACCAUGGAUUUUGAGGGCAACUUAAAGUUACGCAGCACCUUUUGAUAUUGAGUAAUGACUUGUGAUUACUUCUACCCAAAAUAAAAAAAGACUUCUGGAUUAUUUCCUUGGCAUUGGCAGCUUUGGUGAUUUAGAUGAGCCUUCGCAUUUUCCAUGUCUUGUGCUUAUAUGAUUGAAUAUUUUCCUCUUUUCUUAAGUGAGAGUUUGUCUAUUCCGUCAUGUGAUGUUGGAAAACUGUUUAAAGACGUGAAAUUAUAGUGUUGUUUGCAUUCCAAUCUGAUCUUGCAUAUAUGGAUUGGGUUAGACCUCCUCCAG